AAGGUUAUGCUUCGGAACUGAAUUAUUUCAUGACAAUUUUACCCACAUUAUGUCCUAAAAAACAAAUAUUUUGCCAUUUUAGUAGGCUAUGGAUACGAAAGAGUAGACAUGGAAUAUACAUAGUGUGCGGAUAAUAGUAUUUUAGGAGUGUUUAGGCCGUGAAUCGGCUGUAAAAUAGGUUGGUUUUGAUUUUUGUCCAUGCACGAUGUCCAAUGAAGAUAGGACACUACAUGUAAUGUAGGCGAGCGAAUCCGUCCCAGUGUGAGAAAGAAGGAUUGGGGUUGAGGGAAAUAUGGCAACGGCUAAUGCGCCUGGUCAGAGGGGAAGUUAUGAUGGCAGUGAGAAUAAGGAGAACCAACCAGGUGGCACCAGCUCCUCAUGGCAGGAUCCGCGCACAAUACUCGUCCAACGAACGGAAGGGGGCUUUGGAUUUGUCCUGCGACAUUUUAUUGUCUACCCUCCAGAUGCUCAGGAUUCCGAGAGGGUAGAUGUCGCCUCGGAAGACCCCCACUCAAAUAAACGCACUCGCUUGAGCCAGCAAGAUCCUAUGGACACAAUCUUCGUCAUGCAUGUCAAAGAAGGUGGUCCCGCCCACACGGCUGGUUUACAGGAGGGCGAUCGUAUCCUCUCCGUCAACGGUCAGAGUAUCGCUGGACAGACUUACGCGCAGGUCAUAGGGCUCAUACAGGCCAGUGACGCCACCUUACGGCUUCUUGUGGUGCCAAGGAACGAGGACAUUCUGCAAGUGGCCUAUCAGAGCUCAGCGUACAACCAGGGCUUGGACACGUUCCGAGGGAGCGCCAGCAACAUUCCUUACCCACCAGAUCAGGUAGCAGCCCCACCUCUACCGCAAAGCAGGCCGCCAGAAGUACCGCAGCGGAGACCUUCAUCGUCGAGAUAUCGAUCAGAAGUACGGUUCUCUUCCAUAGACAAGGAUGUUGAUGAUGAUGAAGUGGUCGAAAUGCAAGAAGAGCCGCAGUGUUUCUCUACAGCACCAACGAUGCCACUGCAGUCAGGCUCCAUAUCGAGUCAUGAGUCGAUGGAUAGUCAGCUGUCUCCGGCCUACUUACAGGAGUCAAGUGAUUCUGGGAGAAUUUAUACGUCGGCAGUGACGUGGCCUCGGCGUGGAAGUAAACCGGAAGAAAUGACAUAUCACUCGGGUGUGUCAAACGGACCGCCUGCUCCGGUGCGGACUUCGUCCAAAAAUAUUUCGUUGUCGCACCUUCAGAGAUUUGAGGCAAAGUCGGGAAGUUUGGAAAGUAUUUCUAAAUCAAGUAAAUCAAGUAGUGACAGUUCCGGGUCGAGAAUGGCGGAUAUUAUGUUACGACGUCAGGACUCGAGUGAGAAUUCAGACAACCAGGGGAAUCUGUCUGUGCCGUCAAGUCGCGAUGUAAAUCGCUGGUCUGCGCCCGAGGAGCAGAGGAGUAUACUACAGUAUAAAGAAAGUUUACGGAAGUCGCAAGAGGAUUUAUUCAGUGCGUCGUCUAGGAGUGCCAAACAGGUUGCAGUUUUAUCCAAAUCUGUUACGACGGGUCAACUGCAGGUGGCCCACGUUUCCUCUGCCCCUACGUCACCUUCCAGGCCAAAUCUCCCCUACACAAAAUCGCACACGACCUCGUCUUUACUGAGUAGGAAUAAAUAUUUCGAUAUCGAGUCUGACGGAGGUGGUUCAUAUAAUAACGAGGAAAUCAAAAUAACCGUUGCUGCGUCGACCACGCAGACGUAUUCCACGACGACAUAUGUGACAUCAACUGGUAGUAAUACCGUAGCGACGACCUCAGUGACGAUAAACCCGACCCCUGUCGGAGGAAUCCGGUAUUUACCAGCAUAUAGCAGUCAAUUGCCGGAGCCGGUUACAAAACCACAAAUCAUAAUCCGGAGGCGGAAAAGUUACGAUAAUAUUCUAGACGAUGGCCCACGUGGAAGAGGCGCACUGCGUAAAAUACACGAUAACUUGAGAUCUGACUCAAAUUUAUUACCACGACAACACCGGAUUCCGGUGAAACAUCAGGACACGUCGCCAAGUCAUGUGAUGAAAAUUGAAAAGGAUUAUGGUGCUGAGGGAGUCUCUGUGACGGUAAAGAGAACCCCCAUUCAGGAUACUCAAGGGGGCACUAGCAUUGUCUCCCAGAGACUAAGUCAAUUUGAGGUUGGUAGUUAUGAAUCCUUGCCAAGUUCUACUAACGUGAGACACCAGUUUGAACUCAGAAAAUUAGAAACUAGCGCCCAAAUAGACAGUGUAGCACAGAAAGCGGCAAAAUUUGAUAGUUUUAAUAACAGUGACCAGGUUGAUGGUAACAAUGGUAAUAAAAAAAUAUUAAUUCAAAUACGGAAUCGGCAACCGUAUGACAGUUCUACCCUACCGGCGCUGCGGCGGCCAUAUAUACGCCAACAAGAUCCGCCACCUAAGACUCCCUCUAUUGACCUGCAUAAUGAGGCGCCUAAGUUAAUAAUGGGGACUGCGUUCGAGACUUCAAAGCGGGUCACAAUCGGGCCGACUGGAUGGGAAAAUAAGAGUAAAAGUACGAGUUUCUUGGUGGACGACCGGUCGUAUCCGGAUGGUGGAGCGAUGUCAUCUGUUCGGCCGCAGCAGUCCUAUUCUGUGCUGCAUUCAAACCAGGAUCGCACAAAAUUUACACGGCAGUCGUCGGAAGAGAGGAAUCCCAAUCCCUACACCAAUAGUGAGACAUCGAUGUUUACCUCCUCCCAGUCCAUGUGUAACAUGAGCAGCAGCAGCACAUCGUCGAGCCUUGUAUCGCCAAAUCUACCCAAGGUUGAGCACGACCUGACCUCGUCCCAGGACCGAUCGCCUACUACACCGCCAGGCCUUGAAACCGAUGUGGGAUCGGUCACCCGUCGGAUCAAAGCGACAGGUGCAGAGGAAGAUAACGAUGUGAAACUAUUCCGGCGGAUAUCGUACCUGAAAGCCACAGCCAAGGAACGGGGACAUCUUAACCUGCCUGUCAGUGCGGCCACCUUGGAAGUGGGAGAGGAGGGCGCCGAAGUCAACCCAGCUGAUCAACCGACUACACCAACAAAAACCAGUAUCCGAAAACUUAAGUCUUUCUUUGGAGAAAGGACACCAAAAAUUGUUGAGGCAACAGAGCGUCGGCCCCAGUUUGCAGAUCUAUCGUCACCGCCUGGCGAGAUACUCAAGGAAGGCGUCCUGACCUGUAAAUUAGCUUUAGUUGACGGGAGGCGUGGGAGUGAUCGGUCGUGGAAGCAGAACUGGUGUGUCCUGUGUGGGCACUAUCUGUAUUUCUGCAAGGAAAAGAAAGAGAGUCAGUUGGGCACCCAAGUGAUCAACGAGGAUCUCCCCAUCUCGAUCAAAGGAUGUACCGUAGACAUCGCGCACAGUUAUACCAAGAAAAAACACGUCCUCCGCCUGUGCACGCAGAACAACUGUGAAUAUCUUCUCCAGGCAGACGACCAUGAGUCCAUGAUGAGCUGGAUUAAUGCCCUCCAGGCUGCGUGUGCUCUUGAUGAGGAGGAGGAUCAGACCCUGAAGAGUCAGUCCAAUCUAAUUGUCAAGAAGUCGAAUCAGCACGACCACCAGACACAAAAGAUGUCGCCACUCGUACCGCCAAAGUCGACAGUCAAGAAAAUUGCUGCCUUAUCCUUCCGUGCCAGAUCACCAGGUCAUUCACCGGGAAUAAGACCUCGAAAAGAGGAAACACCAAAGACUAAAGAUUCGUCAAAGGAACUUAAAACUUGGAAGGGGAAAGUUGUGAAGAGUUUCAAGCGGUUGGGUUCUGCGUCGGACACGCUCGCACUGGCUCACCAUGAAGCCGACCUCGACGAAACUGAGGAAGAAGUCCGACAGACGUUUGGGGUUCCGCUGGCUUUAUGUCCUCCCUCAACCUUCAGUGAGUUUAUUCCCCUGGUGGUAGAGUUGUGCACUACGAUAAUCGAAGUGAAGGGACUGGAGUACACUGGUAUCUACCGCAUUCCCGGUAAUAGUGCCACAGUCAAUAUGCUACAAGAUGAAUUGAAUAGGGGUUUAGAUCAAGUGAACGUGGAGAAUGAGAAGUGGCUGGACAUCAACGCCGUCGGUAGUCUGCUCAAGAGUUUCCUUAGACAGCUCCCUGAGCCGCUAAUAACAUAUGAAUUGUACAAUAUGUUUAUCCAAGCGAACCGUAUUGAUAAUCCAGAGAAGCGGAUGUUGAACCUGAAGAGAUUAAUACACGAACUGCCCGAGACGCACUUUGAGACGUUCAAGCAUCUAGCUCAACAUCUCAACACUGUCGCUGCCCAUGGACAGUACAAUAAGAUGGACGCCAAGAAUCUGGCCAUCGUGUUCGGGCCGACGCUCAUCCGCAAUGUGAGCGAGGAUCGUGUUGCCAUGGUAGCGGACAUGUCAGAUCAGUGUCGGAUUAUAGAGAGCAUAAUAACUCAUAACGACUGGUUCUUCAGUUCAUGGGAUGUUGACAAUGAGAUCCCCUUGGACAAUGGAGGGGAAGAUCAUCCACCGUCCGCUACCACACAGACCAUGGUUGCUGAUGAGGGUGGUCUGAACCUAAAGGAACUGGUCGCCACCAUCGUCCAGGCAGCUAAUAAGAAGCUUCAGGAGCGUGAUGCGAGGGAAGCAGCGAACGGCGGACCCCAGACGACGUUCACCCUGUUCGGGGAAAGGAACAUCGACGAAGAAGUCUCAAAACGGAAAUAUCAGGAACGGAAUAUUGACGAGGAGGUGUCAAAACGGAAAGAUACGGUUAAAGUCGAGGCAACGUCAACAGUUACUGCGACGACGACAACAACGAAGGAGACGGAGAGUCGAAAAACUGAGAUCUCAACGCGUGAGGGAAUUUUUACGGCGAAGAUGGUGUUUCUGCAGGGGCGGCAGGCUUCUGAGAGUUCACUUUCUGAAGAUGUUCUCUCUGAUCCUGGUUUAUCCUCCAGCCAAUCAACGCAGAGUUUUCAGGGCCGGUUUGGCCGAUUUCAGAACACUGCCUUACCAGGGCGCUUAACUUUAGGGGAUAAUCAGUUUCCGCGGCGGCAUUCCGAAGAGAUUGUGCUUGAUCGGCAUCCGUCGCCGGAUAACCGGACUUCGACGAGUAGUUUUGAGUCGGCGGUGUCGGUGCAGGAGCAGCAGAGACAAAAAGAUAUCUCUCGGUUUCGGAAAGCGGAGUCGGAGGGCGCUGCUAGCGAGAAACGCAUGUUAGAUAAACAAUGGGUCGAAAAAGAAUUACGGAAAACUCAAGAGGAGAUAGAGGAAGAUGAAGACUGCCUUGAAGAUUUUAUCGGCAAUACAAACAAGAUUUCUCGGAAGAUUUCCGAUUUCACGAGCCGCAUGGACUCGAAUAAUCAAGGGGAUUCCAGGUCGGUCACCUCGGAUUACUCAACUAUGUCCUCGACGAAAGAGGUCGCUCCUAACAGCAGCCAAUCGGAUUAUUCUAGUAACGCCUCGACUGCCAGUUCGAUUUGGAAACCAACCUUACCGCCACCACCUGAUAAAAAUCGCAGUCACUCUCUGACAAAUUUGAACAACAACAGUGGUUCUAUGGACACCAGUUUAAAAGGCGGGAAAUUCUUCGCCGUGAAAAUUAAACCUAUGAAACAGGAGGUAGACAAAACAGAUAACAUUACUCGGAGUUUGCCGACAGACUCUUCGGAACCGUCAUCGUCGCAGCAAUCUAGUCGGAAAGGUCGUUCCGUCAAUUUCAAAGUGGGUGGGGAGGAUAUGUCCCCAGAGGAUAAGUGUACUCUUUCCCGCGCCGGUUCUCUGCGGCGUGGCUCUUUAGACUCUCUGAGAGACUUUUACGAAAAGAACGAGUACACUGCAUCCUUUGCUUCAAGUAGUUCGGAGGAUGGUUCCGAUCUUUUGACUAGUUUGACAACGACUUUCGAUCAAAAGCUGCGGAUUUUGCUCGAUCCGAAAUUUAAAUUAGACACGUCUGGUGGUGGCAUCGUGGGACUUGCUACAGCUAAACACGAGGAUAUUGCGCAGAAAAUCAAAGAUGUCAAUUCUAAUAGUGUAAACGUUGAGGAGAAGGGAAACGGCCACAAACGAGGAUUUCAGGAUCCGAGUUUGCACCGGUUCGCUUCCGACUCGAAAGUGGGGAUUGCGUCGCGUUUUGAACGCCCAGAACUUGAAAUACCCGAUAGUGUUCUUCAGAAACACCACCGGGAAAUUCCGCCCGAGGGGAGAAAAACUCGAAUGGGGAAAGUGAAGGCCUUUGUGUCAAAGGUGGAAAAAUCGGACUCCUUCCCAAAGUCACAUGAAGCCCCCUUAGGGGAAAGUUCUAUGGGGGCGGUCGCAACUGUGAUGUCUGAUCCAGGUCUUGCGGCAGCAAAAUGUAAGUCUGCUUCCCCGCCAGUGCGGCGCAAAAAUGCGUCUAGUUUACGCAAGCGGCGCCACACUGUGGGGGGAAUUCGUGACUUUGAGGAUGUGAUGACAAUGAUACGUGAACAGGAACCGAAGCCUGUGCGAAAAACGUCAACAUCGGCGUGGGAUCGUCUGCAACCGGGGGGUAGAACUGGUGCGGGAAAUCUUGUUACACAAGAACGGACAGUACAGUCGUGGAUACAGCAAGAGAGAUUACGUAGUAGCUCCUCGGAUGUCAGUCAAGCGUCAUCUGAUGGUCGAGGCCCGAAGAGGUGCGAGAGUGGCGUGUAGGGUCAAGUCUUAAUCAAGCCAGCCUGAUUGGGUUGUAAAUUUGAUAUAAAACACUGUACAUUUGUGUACAGGGAAUAUCAGGCUGGCUUGAGAUUAGGAUCUAUAUUUAGCGUAAAUGUGUGUUUCUUUUGUAAGGCUUCAUUUCAAUUUAACCCCCUAGCCCUUGAGAGGUAUUUUUUGAUGUGAUCAAGAAAAUUUAAAAUGAAAAUGGAUACGAUGUAGUUUUCGUAAAAGCCUGGAAUUUACAUCCAAAAUGUCUUCAGGUCUUGAAAAAGAACUUCCACCGCAAACCAUUUGGUUCAGUAUUAUAUG